AUGCCGUCACCGAUUGCAUCUUCUCCGUCUCCUCCAGUGUCGGGACACUUUGAUGAUACGGAUGAUUUGUCACACAGUCCUUCACCUCCUUAUAGAGUUGCGAAUGAUCGUCUACAACCCCCGCGGGGUCCUGAGAAAUAUUAUACUUCAGCAGUACCUAAAUCAUGCAUUUCAUUCUCUGUAGAUUAUCUUUUAGCUGAUAAAAGUCGAACAUUUAGACGGUCCCCGUCGCCUGCAGCUCUUAGGCCUGUAGAACAAGCACCUAAGAGAUUUACGGUUGAUGGUAUCUUAGACUCUACCGAUGACAAUAAAAGACUGCAAGUGACUGGGACUGCAUGCACUGUUGGACUAGGGUCUCGGCCCAUUACUCUUCAGUCUCAGAGUACAGCAGUACCUAUUGCUGCCCCUUGUUGGGCACAUCCACUGGGAUCUGCUUUUCCCUGGCUUCAAGCAUCUAGGUCGCUUUCCCCACCAAACAAAGCUGGAGAGCCGCCGAAACUACCUGCUAUGAAGUGCCAGCUUCGAAAACACAAAAGCAAUCGGAAACCUAGGACACCUUUCACGACGCAACAGCUAUUAGCAUUAGAAAGGAAGUUCCGAUCGAAACAGUACCUAUCAAUAGCAGAGAGAGCUGAAUUCUCUUCAUCCCUCAACCUCACUGAAACUCAAGUUAAAAUUUGGUUCCAGAAUCGAAGAGCUAAAGAAAAACGCCUCAAAGAAGCGGAGAUUGAAAAACUUCGUAUCGCUACUCGUCCCUUGCUGCCGUCCUUUGGUUUUGGAAUGACCGCCGCAGGUGCCUCCCAUUUCCUGCACGGUGUUCCAGCCCAUUUCGGAACAGCAGCAAUCAGUCGGCCUCUCUUGGGGCCUCUCAUGACUCCUUAUCCUAUAUACUCUACACCCUCGACAGUGUGCCCACAAUGAUCAUCAUCUUUUCUCCAAGUCCAGAAGUCAGUUCCUGGUGAUCACGAUUUCAAGACAAGGUCCUUGACCACGUCUAAUGUUCCUGGUGGAUGCCGUAGCUGGAGCGUGCCUCUUAACUCUAAGACUAAUUUAAGCAGCAACCAUCUGAAUGCUGUUGGAAAAGCUCUUAGCUUGAAUAUUAAGAUGGUUGCUCAAUGUAUAGUAAAUCACUGAUCAUAAAGCAUUUCAUUUCAACACAGAGUUUUUCUCAUUUUGGAAUAGAGUGAGAUGAUGUGUUAGUUAUGCUUGGAUUUGCUAAAAAUUAUAAUAUUUUGAAAACAAAAUUGCCAAAUAUUUAUGUUAAUCUACGUACAGUGUCUCA